UUUGUAAAACAGAGAAGUUUAUGGGUAGCCUAUACAUAAUAAUAAAAGAUCACAUGACUAAUUUUUUAAAAAAUAGUUUUUGACUUUUCUUCUACUAACAGAUUGGAGUAUUUAAUUUCUGUAUGGUUUUUAUCUUCACGGACUGUGAGAACAAGAUGUAAAUAUUUAGAAAAAUAUAUGUCACGUGACGCGCGCGAGAGUUGUCGCUGAAGUGAACGCGCAUCGCACGCGCUCAUACUCCCAGAGACACUCCGAUUGUGAGAACACGAGCAUUUGGACCAAAAUAACGACCGAACGAUGCCCUGAGGGAACUACCUGUAUUCUACACUCUGAUCUGAGAGGGCAGAGGAAAUGGGGAUUUUACAUUUACUGUUGUUUAUGCUGAUCGGAGACAGAUUGGGUCCUACACGGCCGGAUAAUUUAGCGAAGGCCCAGGCCAGCGAGCGACGCGUCUUGGCCCACAUUCCCGGCGACAUCAUCAUUGGGGCGCUCUUCUCCGUCCAUCAUCAGCCGCCAGCCGACAAGGUUCACGAGCGUAAGUGUGGAGCCGUACGCGAGCAGUAUGGCAUCCAGCGGGUGGAGGCCAUGAUGCACACCCUGGACCGCAUCAAUGCGGACCCACACAUCCUACCCAACAUCACGCUGGGCUGCGAGAUCAGAGACUCCUGCUGGCAUUCGGCCGUGGCUCUGGAGCAGAGCAUCGAGUUCAUCCGUGACACCCUGGUGUCGGCUGAGGAGGAGGAGGGGAUAACCAAGUGUUCAACUGAAGGUGGAGGGACUCCCAUGAAAGGGAAGAAGCCCAUUGUGGGGCUGAUCGGGCCGGGGUCCAGUUCUGUGGCUAUCCAGGUUCAGAAUCUCCUUCAGCUGUUCAACAUUCCCCAGAUUGCGUAUUCGGCAACCAGUAUGGAUCUCAGCGAUAAGUCUUUGUACAAGUACUUUAUGAGGGUGGUGCCCUCUGAUGCCCAGCAAGCUAGAGCGAUGGUGGACAUCGUCAAAAAAUACAACUGGACCUACGUCUCUGCCAUUCACACUGAAGGGAACUAUGGUGAGAGUGGAAUGGAGGCCUUCAAAGACAUGGCAGCAAAGGAGGGCAUCUGUAUCGCCCACUCUGACAAGAUCUACAGCAAUGCUGGAGAACAGAGUUUUGACCGUCUUCUCGAUAAGCUCAGGAGCCACCUGCCCAAAGCUCGUGUGGUGGCGUGCUUCUGCGAGGGCAUGACCGUACGUGGCAUCCUCAUGGCCAUGAGACGGCGCCGCCUAGUUGGAGAGUUCCUGUUGGUUGGCAGCGAUGGUUGGGCCGACCGCUAUGACGUCACUGAUGGCUUCCAGAGGGAGGCAGCAGGGGGAAUCACUAUCAAGCUGCAGUCUGCUUACGUCACAUGGUUUGAUGAUUACUACCUGAACCUACAGCCGGACACGAACCUCCGAAACCCUUGGUUCCCUGAGUUCUGGCAGCACCGCUUCCAGUGCCGGCUUAAGGGUCAUCCUCAAGAAAGUGCCAAAUACAACAGGACCUGCACCAAGAAAGAGUCGCUCCGACACCAGUAUGCUCAGGACACAAAGAUGGGCUUUGUGAUCAAUGCCAUCUACUCUAUGGCUUACGGCUUGCACGCCAUGCAGAAGUCUCUGUGUCCCGGCUAUGCAGGCCUCUGUGAAGCCAUGCGGCCGAUUGAUGGAGGUAAACUCUUAGAAUUCCUCAUGAGGACAAACUUCAGCGGUGUCUCGGGAGAAGUGGUGCUGUUUGAUGAGAACGGAGACUCCCCAGGGAGGUAUGAGAUUAUGAACUUUAAACAGAUGAGUGAGGAGGACUAUAGCUACAUCCACGUGGGCAGCUGGGACAACAGUGGGCUGAAGAUGGAUGACGAGGAGAUUUGGGCCAACAGCAGUGCCAUCAUCAGAUCAGUGUGCAGUGAUCCCUGUGAAAAAGCUCAGAUAAAGGUUAUCCGUAAGGGUGAGGUGAGCUGCUGCUGGACCUGCACUCCGUGUAAAGAAAACGAGUUUGUGUUUGAUGAAUACACCUGCCGUGCAUGUGAGCUUGGAUCCUGGCCUACAGAUGACCUCACAGGCUGUGAGCCAAUCCCGGUGCAGUACCUUCUGUGGGGAGAUCCUGAGCCUAUCGCCGCCGUGGUCUUCGCCUGCCUUGGCCUGCUCGCCACCAUCUUCGUCACUUUAGUCUUCAUCAGGUUCCACGAUACACCGGUGGUGAAGUCCUCCAGCAGGGAGCUGUGCUUCAUCAUCCUGGCUGGCAUCUGUUUGGGGUAUCUCUGUACGUUCUGCCUCAUCGCCAAGCCGCACGUGGCCUACUGCUAUUUGCAAAGGUUAGGCAUCGGGCUCUCACCUGCCAUGAGCUACUCAGCCCUGGUCACUAAGACCAACCGCAUCGCUCGCAUCCUUGCGGGCAGCAAGAAGAAGAUCUGCACCAAGAAGCCUCGUUUCAUGAGCGCCUGUGCCCAACUGGUCAUCGCCUUCAUCUUGAUCCUGAUUCAGCUGGGCAUCAUCGUGGCACUCUUCAUCAUGGAACCUCCACAAGUGAUCUACGACUAUCCGUCCAUACGCGAGGUGCACCUCAUCUGCAACACCACCACGCUCGGAGUGGUGGCGCCGUUGGGCUAUAACGGGCUGCUCAUCCUCAGCUGCACCUUCUACGCCUUUAAGACCCGUAACGUCCCCGCCAAUUUCAACGAGGCCAAAUACAUCGCGUUCACCAUGUACACCACCUGCAUUAUCUGGCUGGCUUUCGUGCCAAUUUAUUUCGGUUCAAACUACAAGAUAAUCACCAUGUGUUUCUCCGUUAGCCUCAGCGCCACUACUGCGCUGUGCUGCAUGUUUGUGCCCAAAGUCUACAUCAUGUUGGCCAAACCUGAGAGGAACGUACGCAGCGCUUUCACUACGUCGACAGUUGUGAGGAUGCACGUGGGUGACGGGAAAGCUGCCUCGGCCGCUAGCCGGUCUAGCAGCUUGGCUAACCUGUUCAGACGGCGAGGUUCUGGCACAGACACAGUCAGUUCCAAUGGCAAAACCGUGACCUGGGCACAGAACGAGAGAACUUACAGGCCAAACCUGUGGAAGCGGAUCUCAAUCCACAUUAAGAAAAAGGAAGAGGCCAACCAGACGGCCAUUAUUAAGCCCUUCUCAAAGGGCUGUGAUCGGCCGCCAGACACCGGGGUGAAGCUGGCAUACGACGGGUCUCAGAAAAACCAGCGCUACCCUGUAGCCUACCACCCCCGGACCCCUUCUCCGCUGCCGACCGUGUGUCAGCGACCUCCGCUGCAGCGAUGCGAAGUGGAAGAGCGUGAUGAAGAGCGUACGGCAGUGGUGACUAUACCCUCAUAUCUGACGGAGCGCUUGCAUCAUGGCGGCCCGCCCCAGACCUCCAUCAUGGAUCAGAUCAGCUGUGUGGUCAGUCGGUUCACCGCGAACAUCAGUGAGCUCAACAGCAUGAUGCUGCCCGGGUCACCGCCGGGAGCAGCCGUGAAUACCACCGCCCCGGUCCCUAGACCCUGCUCCCCCUCUUUCCGUCUCCACCCGCAAGAAAGGCCGCAUCCCACCACCGUCACCACCUACGCAGAUGUGGUGGCCGUAGCAAACACCAACCCUCGUUCCGCGGUCGGCAUCACCGGAGGCAUCAUCGCCGGUGGGAGUAGCAGGGCUUCACCGGCCAGCCUUUUUGACAGCACCUACGACUCCUCGUGUGCGGUCAGGACCACUGAUUUUGAGGAUCUGGGCGCCUUGACACCACCUUCUCCAUUCAGAGACUCCUCCGUGGACUCGGUCAGCGAGUCUCCCACAUCGCCAGCCUCAGAGCUGCCGUUGUGUGAGCCCUGCUCCCCGAUAUACGACCAGCUGAUGCUUCGGCACUACAGCCAGAGCUCCUCUUCACUCUGAGAGAUUAUUUGGAGCACAGGAAGGAGACUGAGAGGCAACUACUGAGAGCGUGCAUCUGCUUAGAUUGCAAAACCCAGCUGUAAAUGUCAAGAAGUGUAAACUCUUAAUAUAGAAGCACUCGCUGAGGACGUUUUAUGGUGCUUGGAAUCCAGCCUGUCCUCAAAAUCCCGAACUGCGUAGGGAAAGGCACUUCACCAAACUGCUUUUCAGAUAAUUAAGGAUGUACUUGAUAUGCUCUCGUGCACCAAAGCGCUCUGACAAAGUUUAUGAUCCUUCUUGGCAAGAAGUUACUGAUGUUGGUCAGUCUGUAGACUGGAAGAUUUAAUUACAUUCCAAUGACGUCAAUCUACACAGGUGUGUAAAAUAACAAAACUCCUGCUCCAAUUGAUGUCAUUUUUAUCUCUCCUGUUGCCUGUCAGCAAGAUGCCUGAACGUCUUGCACGGUUCUUCACAUACAACGGAAGUACAAGUGUUUGAAUAUAGGACCAAGUUGAGCCUUUGAGCGCAAAGCAGUUUGUUUAAAUAUUGGUCAUUUUCUUUAUUACCCUAGCUUAGAGGUUGCAUGUUGUGCCACUUUAUAGAACUCAUAAAAAUAAUAUCUAUUAUUAUAUUUUUCAUAAUAAAUCAAAUAGAAGGAAUGUAAGGGCAAGUUUAUUUAGAUACUGAAGAAAUCUGACACUUUAACAUAGUAUUGUCUUUCAGAUGACUGGAUUUAUUAAUUUAUAUAAACAUGUCCCAGUAUUACUUGAAGUAUUUAGUGAAUAAUCACUUUAAUUUGAGACAUGGAAUUUGAAAUUUGAGGAAAUUAUUUAAACUAAGAGGAGAUACAAGAAAACUCAACUAUUUACACGACCAUUAAAGGGUUUGGGGUCAGUAUGGGUUUCCUUUAAAGAAAUUAAUACUUUUAUUCUGCAAGGAUGCAUUAAAUCUAAAGUGACAGUAAAGACUUUUACAUUGUUGCAAAAUAAAUCUGUUUUAAAUAAAUGCUGUUAUUUUGAGCUUUCUGUCCUGAAAAAAAAGAUCUUGGUUUCAUAAAUAUGAAGCAGCACAACUGUUUUCAACAUUAAUAAUAAGAAGAAAUGCUUAUCGGAACGAAGGGUCAUGUGACACUGAAGACUGGAAUAAUUCCUGCUGAAAAUUCAGCUUUGGCAUCACAUGUACACUGCCUUCAUUGUAUUAACUAAAUUUUUUAAUUUCAGUGAACUCAAAUUUUUAGGGCAACCAGGUAACUUACUUUUUUAAGUUAAACCAACAAUUUUUUUACAGAGUAUAAAUUGCAUUUUAAAAUAUAUUAUUAUUUUAAAUUGUAAUAAUAUUUCACAAUAUUACUGUAUUUUUGAUUAGAUAAAUGCAGCCUUGGUGAGCACAAGAGACUUCUUUUAAAAGCAUUAAAAAAUUCUUACUGACCCCAAAUUUUGAACAGUAAUGUAAGUUAACAAGUGAUUUAUACAUAAAGCAAUAUAUAAGAAUGCAAGGCCUAUUACAACAAAUAUAAUUAUAUGAUUUACAAAUCAUUUCCUUUUUUUAAUCCACUCAGGCUUUUGUUCUAAAUACAUAAAUACAGUAGAUGAGCCAAAAACAAAUUGUCAUUACACUGUGGACAUGAUUCUUACACAGGGCAUUACAGUUUUUGUUGAUAAACCAUAUUAAAGUCUCCCAUUAAAGAUAAGAUUUUUUGUAUGAACUUUAUGAACUAAUUUAAGCUAAAAUGCUCAGACUUAGUAGGAACGCACAUUGUACCUACCAACAGACUAUUCUUUUAAUCAAUGUGCAAUAUUCUUCUUGAAUAGGUGUAAUGUAAUAAGGUCAUGUUUGCAUGCAGAACAGUGCCAUUAGCUAAAAUAAGUGCUUAAUGUUCUUUUGAGAACUUUUGUACGUUUUCUAAAAGUCUUUUGCAUUUUUCGCUCUUUGCCUUUUCUGACAAGAUGUUCAUAGAAUGUAGAUUUCGACCGUGUGUGAUGUAUUUUUCUACUAAAUAUUUGUGCUGAUUCAAUAUGAUGGUCAUAGUGGAUUAAGCUUUGUGACAGUGGGACGAAUGUAGCUUGCAAUAUUUCUGUUACUUGGAGGUUUUAUUUAUGAUGUGGAUAAGUCUUUUUUAUUUCUCUUCAAAGUGUGUAAAAAUAUUGAUUUUACCUGAGUGUUAUUAAAGGGG